AAAUAAACACUCGUUUAGUGCCACACAAAGUAAACAGUAGUAGAACAAAAUGUGGAAUUUCCAAGUGUUAUUGUUGACCAGUGCCAUCUUCGCGAUUUGCGAAUCUGCGGCCAUAAUUGACAAGGUAAAUAAAAAGUGUAGUAUAAAUGACAACGCUUGUCUGCAAGAUCUAUAUACAGUAUUAUUAGACGACAUAGCGGACAAUGGGGUCCCAGAAAUGGAUAUUCCUAAACUAGAUCCCUACGCUUUAAAGAAUAAAGAAGUUGAAGUCCUCGGAAUGAUUAAAGCGACAAUGAUUGAAGGAUAUGCAAAAGGUUACAAGAAUUGUAAAACAACUAGUUUCAGCAAUAACAUUCAAACACAGCGCACCUACGUAGAAUUGGUAUGCGAACCCUUUGCUGUCGAAGGAAGUUACAAGAUUGAAUCAACGCCUACACUCUUAGCGCUCAUUGGAGGUAUCAAUAUUCAUGGUCAAGGAAAAGGUGGUCUUGUCAUUGGUAAAGUAAAACUUAACCUAGACUUCGCAUUCGAAGUGAAGAAACUUGAUGAUGGUGAGCUCCAUUUCCAAGUAGAUCCUGAAGAUUCUGUGUAUACAUUUGAAGUACUGGACAAAAUUACCUUCUCUGGCGACAGUUUAUUCGUUGGAAAACAAGAUAUUAGUACCGUCGCAGUAAACAUCGGUAAUGAAAAUUGGGAAUUCCUCGCCAAGUCCUUUGGAAAACCUGUCCUAGAUAAGGCUCUGGAAGUUUUCUAUGUGAACUGUAAUAAGUUUUUAAGCAAAGUUCCUAUUAAAGACUUGAUCACUGACGAUUUAUCGUCAUACGCUAAGAUCUAAGAUAGAUUGAAGAGUCAAUGCUGAAUCCAAAUGGUAUAAAAUUGUUUAUCAACCCUAAUAUUAAGUAAUGUGAAACGUAGUAAAA